AUGGCGCUUCAUUUGCCCUGUACUUUUUAUGAUGAGAUUUUUUUGUACAUUAUCAAAAUACUCUUUAAAUGGACUUAAACAAAGUUGCUUUUUAAGCAGAGUCUGAGGGUAAAUGUACUUGAUAAGAGGAAGAUAAAGCAUUCAUCUUGAAGAGAAAUCAUUUAAUGAUUGUAAACUUCUGUUCUUACUGUAUCGCUUCAUCCCUGAAAAACGGUGUUGCUAUGAUGAUGUCAAUCAGUAUGGCUUCUCUUCCUCUGGUCUUUCUGCUCAUUUUUUACGAGGUUUCUAGUGCUAAUUGGGGUGUGAGUUAUAGUCAUACACAGAUCUGUGCACUAAAGAACUCAUCAGUGACAAUCUACUGCACUUAUACAUACCCUACUGGACAUCAGAUCAAGAAAGUGUUCUGGGCCAAAAACUCUGUAACAGUUGGUGAAAAGUAUACAGAUCUGUCUGAGGACCCUGAAUACAGUCAGAGGCUUCAGUAUCUGGGAGAUAAACAGAAAAACUGCACCGUCAGACUGAGUCAUGUGACACAGAAGGAUUCACAAAAUUACUAUUUCAGAUUCAUAACCGAAUUGGAUAAAUGGAUCGGUUAUCCAGGAGUGUCUCUUACUGUCACAGAUCUUCAGGUGGAGUCUCCUGAGACAGUGACAGAGGGAGAUUCAGUCCGUCUGACAUGUAAAAGCAGCUGCGAUCUGACUGACAGAGCAACAUUCAUCUGGUACAGAAACUCACAGCCAUUAACUGAGAGAAGAGACAGAAACAAUCAACUCCUGCUGCAGUCAGUCAGAAGAGAGGAUGCAGGCAGAUACAGCUGUGCUCUACAGGAACACAAUCUCACAUCUCCAGCAGUGCAGCUAAAUGUCACAUUUGAACCCAGUAGCGUCUCAGUGUCUAUCAUCAGUCCAUCUGGUGAAAUAGUGGAGGGAGAUUCAGUGACUCUGAGCUGCAGCAGUGACUCAAACCCUCCUCCAGAAAUGAGCUGGUUUAAAGGAGGGACGUUUGUAGGAUCUGGAAGAAUCUACAGCAUCUCAAAGAUCAGCUCUGAUCACAGUGGAGAAUACAAGUGCAAGUCCAAUAAUGAACAUGGAGAGAAAUACUCUGAAGCUGUGACUUUAAAUGUCAUGUAUCCUCCCAGGAACGUCUCAGUGUCCAUAAAUGGAUCUGGUGUAAUAGAGGAGGGAGAUUCAGUGACUCUGAUCUGUAGCAGUGAUUCAAACCCACCUGCUCUGGACUUCAGCUGGUUUAAAGGAAGAAUGAUUGUAGGAUCUGGAAAAAUCUACAACAUCUCAAAGAUCAGCUCUGAUCACAGUGGAGAAUACAAGUGCAAGUCCAGAAAUAAACAUGGAGAGACAUACUCUGAUGCUCUGACUUUAUGUGUUAUGUCAGUCAGAUGGGUUUUGUGGUUUAAAGCAUUUGGUGUUGGUGUGGCUGUUGGUGGGGUUGUUUUUGGACUUGGAGGAGCAUCAGUGUACACUUGCCUUAAUAAAAGGAUGAACAGAAGAUCUGCAAUGAAGGACUCUGGGAACUCAGAUCCCAGUGAAGACUUUAACCUGUGCAACGCAUAUGAUGAGCUGUAACCCAUCCUUACCAUUGCAUCACCUCCAGGACAACAUUUAAUAAUUUGAUCUAGAAGGGGAAAAAAAAUCACAUUUAAUUUGGACAUCAAAUGUUUGUUAUGCCUUUAAAUACACAAACACAUGCAUUUUCUGUCUUGCUUCUAAAUAAAAUAUGUAAACAUCUAUACAUAUAUUUAUUUUUUUAUUAUUUUUCUCAGAGUGAUUCUAAGAAACAUUAUGUUCAUAAGUAAUAUGUGAAUUUAUUACAUAUGAGUUAAAAUUUCUAACAAAAUGUAAUAAAAUUUAAUUGUGUGAUAAACUAAACUAAUAAUUCAAGAUAUAUCUAGAAUAUGGUAAAUUCAUGUUGUUGUAAUUAUAAUGAUACUUACAUUUUUAUAUUUCAUUAUUUUCUUUUGUUAUCCAUUAUUGUUAUUAUUAGAAGUAUUUUUAAUUUACUAUUUUCCACUCCUCGCCAGACUUGUAAGUAACAAAUUUUUUGAUUUUUAAAUCUCUCAAGUUCUCAGCAGAGGAUGA